CAGAAGCUGCGGCUGGAGAUCGAUCACUUCAUCCCACAGAUCCAGAGCCCUAAGCUGAUGGAGCACAAGAAAAGUGUCGGGAGGAACAGAAGAUUCCUGCGCGGGAAGAAGAAGUUCAACAUGGACCCUAAGACGACACCAGGUCCGAGGAAACUUUCACACCGGCGACUUUGGUUUCGCACCAAACGGGAAAGUGUGAACGCGUCCGGACUCGAGAGGAAACACUUUGUCCUUCCGGUCGAACCUGAGACACGUCGAAGACACAGUAGACGAAAGUGCACUUUCACCCGCUUUGUGAUCCGCAGGUCAAAGAUAACUCACACGCGGCGGAUAUUGAUUGGAGCAGUGUGUGUGUGUGCGUGUGUGUGUGUGUGUGUGUGUGUGCGUGCGUGUGUGUGUGUGUGUGCGUGUGUGUGUGUGUGUGUGCGUGCGUGUGUGUGUGUGUGUGUGUGCGUGCGUGUGUGUGUGUGUGUGUGUGUGCGUGUGUGUGUGUGCGUGUGCGUGUGUGUGUUGUGCAGAAGUGCAAACAGUUACUCGGUACAAAGACUCAGGGGACGAGCAGUAGCGAGAAAAGCCACAUCCUGUUCCCUGAAGCGUGGCAGAAGAGCCUCUUCACCGGCGCGACCUCCAUCUUUUCACUCGAUGUGAAGAAGCACUUGGCAGCGAGACGUUCUCAGAAUAAAGGGUGAUAUGAUGAGACUCAGAGGUACCGGCCACAUAUCUCCCUCCGACCUGCAUCUCGGCCUGAGCUCUGUGGUUAAUGAAGAGCGGUGACUCUGGAGGAGAAGCGGACAAUGCGCCGGGUUAAGACAAAGUCUUCCGAAUCUGAAUGAGCCGAACGUGAGAGGAUGCCGUGGCCUCUACUUCCCGUUUCUCUUAAGUCCGAACCUCUUCUCCAUUUCAAGCCAAGCGUGUCAGAUCGCGCCCUCUUCUCCUCCUCCAGGGUUUCCACUACCUGGUUGAACAUGAGCUGCUGCAAUGGCGAGCGGCGUCCGUGGCCGAGUUUCUCUACAAAGAGGAGGGACUGAACAAGACCGCCAUCGGAAGCUUCCUGGGAGGGAGGGACCAGAUGCCUCUGGAGACGCUGAAGGCCUUCGUGGCUCUGCACGAGUUCUCAGACCUGAAUCUGGUGCAGGCGCUCAGGCAGUUUCUGUGGAGCUUCCGUCUCCCGGGAGAAGCCCAGAAGAUCGACAGGAUGAUGGAGGCGUUCGCAACUCGCUACUGCGACUGUAACCCGGGGGUCUUCCAGUCCACAGACACCUGCUACAUCCUGUCGUUCUCCGUCAUCAUGCUCAACACGAGCCUCCACAACCCCAACGUGAAGGACAAACCCAGUCUGCAGAGAUUCGUGACCAUGAACCGAGGCAUCAACCACGGGGACGACCUGCCGGCCGAGCUGCUCACGAAACUGUACGCGAGUAUCCGCAGCGAGCCGUUUAAAAUCCCCGAGGACGACGGGAACGACCUCACGCUGACGUUCUUCAACCCCGACAGGGAGGGCUGGCUCCUGAAGAUGGGCGGGCGUGUUAAAACCUGGAAGAGGAGGUGGUUCAUCUUGACAGACAGCUGCCUGUACUACUUCAAAUACACCACAGACAAAGAUCCGAUCGGGAUCAUCCCCCUGGAGAACCUGUGCGUCCGGAAGCUGCAGGACUCGAGCAAACAGUUCUGUCUGGAGCUGUACAACCCCAAGGGGCAGACGAUCAAGGCCUGCAAGACGGAGCACAAGGGCCGCGUGGUGCAGGGGAAACACCAGUCCUACAAGCUGAGCGCCGCCAGCGCAGACGAGCGCGACGACUGGAUGGACGCCAUCAGGACGAGCGUCACCAAGGACCCGUUCUAUGACCUGGUGUCUCUACGCAAGAGGAAGGUCAUCGGCAACACUUCCUCCUCGGACUGAAACAGCAGAAGCCCGACGACGACUCGCUUCUUUUUCAAUGGAUGAACAGAAAACUAAAACUGAAUCGCGCAGCAAUUUCACAGAAGCGUCUAAAUUGGGAAGUGACACUUGAGUGAACUGUUUUGUGGCCCGGUGGCAUAAAGUCUCAACGUUACUUCUGCAAACUGCUCGCACUUCUGCUCCGACCGGGGUCAGAGGGGCCAAGAGGAACAGUCCGAUGACCAAAGGGAGGCCCAAGAAACACAACCGGCAAACUCAGAACUACAGAGAACUGUACAUGAACUCAAAACGACCGAGAGACACGGAGUAAAUGUAAAACAACCACAGAAUGAUAAAAAGUGAUCAUCAAGUGAUGCAACACGACCACAGAUUGAUGCAACACGACAACUAACUGACACAAAAUGACCAAAUAACGACAACAGAGACACAAAACAGGUCAAAUGAUGCAAAAAUGACAAAGAAAGACGAUGACUUUUCACAAAAUGGUGCAAAUAUUUCAAAAAAGAAAUUGCAAAACAAUCUCAAAAUGAUUCAAAAUGACCACAUGAUGCAAAAUGACCAUAAAAUCAAAUUUCAAAUCAUAAAAUUAUGCAAUUUUUUCAAACGAUUAUGCAAAUGUUUCGAAAAUGAUGCAAAAAGUCCACAAUUAUGUUACUAAUGCUUAUUAGAGAAAAUAAAUAUAGUUAUUAAUAUUGACUGAGAUUGAAUCUGUGAUGUUUUUAACGUCUUUUAUUUUCUUCCUAAACCUGAUUCUGAAUCUGUUCACCUGCAGAGGUCACGUCUGAAGGUUAAAGUUCAGAUGACUGAAUCAGAAGCAGUUAAAAAACUGAUCUGCUUUUUUUUUUAUAUUUGAGACUUUUAAAGAAAAUGUCCUGUAGAUUAAUUUACAGUUCAUAUAAUGUUCUGACGUCAGCGAUGAAAUGUAAAUGUUCCUUGUAAAUGUCUCUUCUCACAUGACACAAAUGUAAAAACAAAAAAACACAAAAAAGUAAAGCUUUCAAAUUAACUUAUGAAUAAGUAGAAAUUGCACAGUACGUUUUAUUUAGAUAUAUAUAUUUAAUAUAGAUAUAUUUCAAUGCUUUGUAUAAAUUAAAUGACUUCAUGCUGUUGCACAAUAAACUGCUUUGUUCUGAA